AUGAAGAAUAAUAAAAUAAAGCGUGAAAGCAGCAGUAGCAACAACAACAACGAAGACAUGGAAGCGACAAGUUCGUGUGACAACUACAAAACGAACAACAACAACAAUUUCAAAGACAUCAACAUUUCUGCAGUCAACGACAAAACCGAUCGGUUAUCAUUAAAAUGUCUCGUAUAUGAAAUCGAACCGAACAAUACCGGUUGGGAGUUAUUUGCGAAUCUCUUGCCACUAGCGAUAGAUGGUUUAGAGUUGCAUCGAGAUGAUUAUGAUAUCAGCGCCAAAGGCUUCCUGCAGUUAACAAAUUGGAACAUGUUGCCGCUUGACUGGAUUGCCGCUGACCCAAGUUCGACCAUCUCAGACAUCAUUGGUCGGAUGAGAAAUGACGUCAUUAUCAUUAUAAUGCUCUCCAGUCAAGCCAGAUGUUUCUCCUUGAAAUUUACGUCUGAAGCCUAA